GAAUUCUUGAGCGCUUAGGAGCACAAACGAUUGGCCAGCUGAGGCUGACCUCUGCACUUCUCCACUUGUGGCGGCCUAAAAGCCCAUAAAAAACGCGAAACGGUUGGUCGAUACUCAAAUCUGCCUGGGGCCUGUCGAAAGGCCGCAUCGUUUAUCUGGGAUUACGACAACAGCUUCAUGGAAACGGGCGAUGGUUGGCUGGUUACAGAAAUCUGCCUGGGGCCUCUCGAAUGGCUGCAUCCUGUGUCCUCGAUCACGACAGCGCUUCCUGGAAACGCGAAUCUGUUGGUCGAUUUCCCAAACUGCCUGGGGCCUCUCGAGUGGUUGCAUCCUGUAUCUCCGAUCAUGGUUGGCUGGCUUCGGUGCUUUUACCUCCACUAUUCUUGUCACUGCGAACUAUCAGAGUUCUUACACGACAAAUAUCAAAUUAAGCUUUAAAGAUGAAACGAAGGAUACAACGUGAAGCUGCUUCUAGACAACGAGAAAUAGUAUGCCAGAGCGUCUCAGAACGUCAGCAGGGCCACGCUUAUGCUGUGUUGGAUCGGAUAGGAUGCUAUUAUGUACUGGGGAUACGUCGUGAAAGGAAGAAUCCUGAAGGGAAGCAGAAGGAGAAGCAGCUAAACGACGAUCUGAUCGAAUUUGUUCAGGCGACAGUCCGUCUUGUUAUGCAAGAACAUCAGUGGCCCGAAGCCUACGUUCCGGCAUCUGCAGGUGUCCACUGUUUCGGACAAAAACUUGAAAACAUCUUACGUGAUGCCAUUUCGAAGGACCAGUGGCAUGAUACUAUCAGAAUGGUACUUAGAUUCAAGAACGUACCAGAGUAUACAAAUGCUGCGAAGGAAUCACUGGACAGACUUCGAAGUCAGUGGUAUGGGGUGGAAGAAGGAAGAUGGACCUAAGGAAACGAACUUUUUUAACGCUCAAUGUUAUAUAGCGCACAGAAAUUAUAAGAAAUUGUCAUCUUUGCA